AAAGAAAAGAGUGAGGGGGUGGCUCUAUUGAAGGGGGAAAGGAGAAUGAAGUGGGUAGAAGAGGAGGAUCUGACAACAAGGGAGGGUGCCUUUUUCUCUCUCCCACUCCCUCUUAUUCUCUCAGUUUGCUUCGACUUGAUCAUCCGCUCCUCGGCAUCCUCUCUUCUGUCUCCCUGGCAACAGAGACUCGGGUACCACUUCUAUUCAGAAUCCGUGCAGCAGAGACCAGGAGCGAGUACCUUCUCCCCUGCUUGGAUAUGGAUCUGGAACUGGAACUGUCCACAUCUAGGCUGUACUCAGACUUUCUCUCCUACAAUGCUACUCAAAAUCUCUCCUCAUCAAUCCUGCCCAAUACCAGCCAAACUACCCAAGGACAAGGGGUUUCCAGGAAUCAUGCUUCUAUUAUAAUGGCAGUGGCAAUCACUGCUCUUUAUUCUGUGGUUUGCGUAGUGGGACUUCUCGGCAAUGUCCUGGUCAUGUAUGGGAUUGUGAGAUAUACCAAGAUGAAAACAGCCACCAACAUCUACAUCUUCAACCUUGCUUUGGCUGAUGCUCUAGCCACUAGCACCCUUCCCUUUCAGAGUGCUAAGUAUCUUAUGGAAACAUGGCCCUUUGGGGAAGCUCUCUGCAAAGUGGUCCUAUCAAUAGACUACUACAACAUGUUCACCAGUAUUUUCACACUGACCAUGAUGAGCGUGGAUCGUUACAUUGCUGUAUGCCACCCUGUACGAGCACUGGAUUUUCGAACUCCCUCCAAGGCUAAAGCUAUCAACGUUUGCAUCUGGAUCUUGUCAUCUGUCAUAGGGGUUCCAAUAAUGGUAAUGGCAGUGACCAAGACUAACAAAGCUGGAACAAUCACCUGUACCCUCCAGUUCCCACGUCCUGAUUGGUACUGGGACACUGUAACUAAAAUUUGUGUCUUCAUAUUCGCUUUUGUCAUACCGGUCUUGAUAAUCACUAUGUGCUACGGGCUGAUGAUCCUGCGCCUGCGCAGUGUCCGCCUUUUAUCUGGCUCUAGGGAAAAAGAUAGAAAUUUACGACGAAUAACCCGCAUGGUCCUUGUGAUUGUGGCUGCAUUCAUAAUCUGCUGGACACCCAUCCAUAUUUUUGUCAUUGUGUGGACAAUGGUAGACAUCGACAAGAGGAAUCCUUAUGUUGUAGCAAGCUGGCAUUUCUGCAUUGCCCUCGGUUAUACAAAUAGCAGUCUUAACCCUGUCCUUUAUGCCUUCUUGGAUGAGAAUUUUAAGAGAUGUUUUCGAGAGUUUUGCCUUCCAUUCCGUUCUCGUGCUGAGCAGAGCAGCUUUAGCAGAGCCCGUAACACUACCCGGGAUCAAGUGUCCACCUGUGCCCAAUCUCAUGCUCCAGACAAGCCGGUAUGACUAGACAUGGAUGGGCGAAGGAGAGGAUCCAGAGGCCGCAGAGGAGAAGAUUUGAAUUCUGAAGUCACUCAGGUUACCAGCACUACUGAAUUUUAGCAGCAUAUUUUCUUACCAAGGACAGGACAAUAACUUAUGAAUGAAAAAUCAGAUACAAGCUUUAUGAAUAUUCCCCUU